AAACCCAAAAGGCCUUCUGCAGCAACCUACGCACGUGCGCCCUCCUCUCUGUUCAGUGGCAUUAGUCCGUCACGUCCAGGACCAUCAACAAGCAACCCAAUCCCGCUACCGGUUAUUGCUGACGUCCCACCAAGCAAUCUGGAUGUGCUGCACGAACUGCAGGCCAUAAAAUGUAAGACGCCACAGAUGUAUUGCAUUGCACUCAGCCUUAUUUUUAGAUGAGUUGUGUCUCAUCCGAUCAGAAUUGGUCGGCCAUCGUCGCAUGUCCGAAGCGAUGUUGCAAAUGCUACAACGACAAUCCCAAAGUGUUGCGCCGGGACUAUCUCUGCCAUUCAUCUCUCUCAGUGAGCUAAAGAGAUAUGAUGAACGGCUGAAGGACCCGGAUUUCAAAAUCAGAGUCGUCAACCAUUUAGGUGCUGUGCACGGUGAUAACAUACAACUCAUUGUCCGGGGUACCAUGGAGCGGCUAAUGACAAGAUCAGUUGCCGCGGAGAUAAAUUACUCCGGUGCUAGAGGUUCCUUUGCAUUCAGGCGAACAAAUAUGAACGGCCUUGUACAAGGCCUCAUUCGGCAACGCAUGGGUGAUGCAGCCUCGGAUGCUGACAUUACACGGCACAUCAAAACGUGGUUGCAUUCUGCACGGCACAAAAGACCGCCGGUUGAGCAAACUAAAGUAUGCAGUGCCAAUGAGGUGAGUCCCCUGCUUCCUUAGGCACAUCUUUAGCCUCCUACGUUGACACUCGCGGAAGCAGAUUAAGAAUAUUGACUAUGCGGCUUUCUGCUACUAACGUUCUUUGUACUGCACCCCUUCAUGUAUAUAUAGCAUUCCUAUACCUCGGUUUUAAUUUUCUUUCGCCUUGUGAUGUCAGGUGCGCGCUUUGAGUCGCCGCCUAGGUGGGUUCCCAAGUCCAGAAACUACCGCAACUGGUACCGGGUGAACACUA